AUGCCGGAAACAGGUAAAAGACCACUCCUACAAAAGACACCACUCUCGGCACCAAAACCAAAGGCUAUAGGAGCAAGUUAUGUUCAAGAACGAGCUUCUAACAGCGAAGUCACAGUCGUAAGAGGCAAGGCGAUGAAGUUGACACCUGUUGAGUGGUCUUCUCAAGAGAUUCCAAAACCAUUUCUUGACCCUACGAUUAUACAGCGACGGAUCGCAGCAGAGAAGCAGUGGAAACAAGAAAACGACAAGAAUACCCGACAACAAGCUGGACGGGGUUCUACCUGA